AUGCUUGAAGCGCGUUCUGGCGUUGUUCAUAUUCAUCAUUGUUGGUGGAUGCGACCUCGGUGGAUACGAUCGCCCCAUCCCAACUAUUACAUUAUCUGCCUACGUUGCAGCUAUGCGAUUCAGCCUGGUGCAGUCCCUCGCCAUCUCAAGGAAAUCCAUCAUCUUCAUCAUUCAUCCCGUCGAGCCUUUGUCGACUAUGCCUCUGGAUUUGAACUGAGCCAGCCCAAAAAUCUUGUCUUGCCCGAUGAAAACCAGUUUCCAGUGCCUUUACUGCCUGUUCAAAAUGGGCUAGCCUGCUCCUUUGCGGGGUGCGCUCAUCUUUCGCAUGAAGCAGCACUGGAUGUGUUACAGACAUUUUUCCGGGGAAAUGCUUUCCGUUACUUUACUAACCCGGCGUUGUUGACUUCGUCGUCGUCGAACAUUUCCGAUGGGUUGACGAACACGACUGCAACAACCCCGACUUCAAGCGAGAAUCGAGAAUUGAGUCCUUAUCAAACGUUGAUCACAAGCGACGCAGGCCUACUAGACCAUUAUCGGAACUACACCUACAAAACCUUCUCAUGCGGCCCCGAGACAGAUGAUGCUUUUUCAAUCAUUAUCCCACAGCUAGCCACCCAGUUUCCCUUUUGCUCCAUGGCAUCCUGUCCUGUGCUUCGCUCCACCUUGCUUCUAUCGACCCUACAAAUCGAACGCAUUAUAAGAUUUAAUCAAGCGGCUCCUGCAUUCCGAUGGGCAACUAUGCAUGUGGAUAGCAAUAACAGCCAGGCGGUGCUAGCUUUUUCAUUUUUCCUCGUCGUCUAUGCUCUAGGCUCCGAGUCUAACGAUCAGUCAUUGUUUCUGAGCAAUGGUUAUAACCAAGGAGAAGACGUAUUGGAGUGGAUCGAGAUCCUCCGUAACGGCUGCUCGAUGCUCUGCCCCGUCUGGGCGAAACUCACCACUAGUCCAUUGGCAUCUUUUACGGCACUUUGGCGGGAUUAUCUCGCCGUCACUACCAAUCCUAACGACCCGCUACUAAUUUCACUACUCUCCGUCAUUCCAGAUGACGAAUCUGAAUCGACUGACUACUAUAUAUACCGCGAUUCAGCGGUCAGAUUGACACAGGUCUUUACGUUUAUUAAGCUUUGCGGGCCAUCGUCAACUAUCUGGGAUGUUCUCUAUGCAUGGCCAAUGCACGUUUCGCCUGAGUAUCUGGCCCUAUUGAAACUUAACAAUCCGGGCGCUUUGCUGCUACUGGCCUACUAUUCUAUCCUUCUGCAGCCACUUCAGGGAGAAUGGUUUCUGAAAGGCCGAGUCAUGAAAUUGAUAGAUGAAAUUGCGCGACGAUUAAAUGGGAAUUGCUCGCCACAGAUUUGGGCAGUUUUUUCUAUGAUGCAACGGGAAUACUUUGCGAGUGAUUUGAUUACAUACAUUAUCGGAGGAAUGGGGUUCUGGAAAACGGUUGAUCAGCCGUGUAUCAACCGUUGGUUAUAG